AUGGGGAACUUAUUAAAGGCUUUAUGGGCCCCCCGUGUGGGGUUGGGGGGGGCAAAAAAGGGGAAAGUGGAGGAGGUGGAGAGUGAUGAUGAUGAUGGAAUGGACUUGAACUCUCUGCUACACACACCAAAAAAACGAAAGUUAAAUUCCACCUCGAAGUAUAUAUACAAGACAUUGUUUGAAGAUGGACGAUCAUCAGACGUGAGUGUUGUGGCUCUUGGACACGAGUGGAAUCUACACAAGGUAUAUCUCUGCCAGAGCCCAUAUUUUGGUAGCAUGUUCUCUGGUAACUGGACAGAGACAAACCAAUCUCAGAUAACAAUUGAGAUUCUUGAUGAUAACAUCAACAUUGAUGCACUUCACCUGGCACUGGGUCAGUUCUACAAGGACGACAUCGAGGUAGAAGCUGCUCAAGUUAUCCCUCUCCUGGCUACCUCCCUACUUUUGCAGAUGGAUCCACUCAUUGACCAAUGCACCUGCAUCAUGCUUGAGACUAUCAACUUACAGACUGUGGUGCAGUAUCACGAGGCAGCGCGAAGGUAUGGGGUAGUGGAAGUAGACAAGGCUUGCAAACAAUGGCUGCUUCACAACCUACUGACUCAGGUUACUGAGCAUCCUGCUACACUGCGACACAUACCACCAGAUUUACUCUAUGAGUUACUGUCAUCACCGCAUCUUUAUGUCAUGCAGACAGAAUUUAGUGUUUAUGUCAUGUUGAAGGCUUGGGUGUUUCUACGUCUAAACCCUUCAUGGGAAGGCUCACAUGAAGAGGCAUUUUUGGAGGCCCAUAAAUACUUCAGAAAUCGAACAGAUUCUGGUUGGUUUCUUGAAGAAGAGGGGAGAGAAUUCUCUCUAGUUUUCUCUGCACUGAGACUUGUGUACCUUAUUUACCACCACCUAGAUGUUGAAAUGUUGUACUCUGACCGCAUCUUGCCUCCUUCAUGGUUGACACCUGCUAGUAUGCACCAGUGGUACAACAUGCUCAGAAUUGAUCAAGGCAAAGACAAAGGACCAAGUGAAAUCUCUGAACAAGAAUUUGACAAAUCAUGUACACGGUGUGGACGAGUGUUAGCCAACUCUGGACAGCACAUUUGGAGAUGGACAGGCUAUAACUUUGGUCUCGAUUUAGUUAUGACUCAUGAUGGAGCCUCCCUGAGACUGAAACGCAACCACAGGACAGAAAACAUUGCCAGCAUCAUUGCUCAACCUGGAACACGCAACAUCAUGUACAGAGUAACGGUGGCCUCACUCGACGAGCAGAAACAGGUAGUGUACACAAAGACGACAGGAGUUCAGGCAGCCUCUUUGGCAAAGAAUGAAGAGAUUCGUGUCAUGCUGCUGGACCCAGAAGUGAAAUAUCCUCUGUUACUUAGUGCCAACUUUCUCAUCACCACCAACCAUCAACUCACAGUCCAAGGAGCAACUACAUCUGCAACAGCCGGUCCCCCAUGUCAGCCAAGCAAAGAAUAACCGUUUCCAAAACUAUUCUUGUGGAUCUGGUGCUACCUAGGUAUAAUCAUUUCACUGCCAAACAUUGUGUUUUGCCAGGACAGUACAGUAUGUAUUUAAAAUACAGGAGUGCCAACUUUCAAUGGAUUGAUAGGAUCACAUUUUAGGAAAUCUUUAAAAUGUGUCGUGUUUCUCAAAGCAUGACCCAUUUGAGUUUAUAGUUUAGUUUACCUAUUAUUAUAUUCAUAAAAAAUUGUAAACCCUAGAUGUUAGCCUUUUAAAAAGAGCUAAAUUACAAAUAACCAAAAAGUAACUAUUUUAAAUUUAAAAAAAGGAUUACAGUACUUAGCAAAGAAACUAGUUUAAAUAUUAAAAAUUUUUGUUUUAUUUAUAAGUUGUGGACAAGUAGUUUUAUAGUGGCUUUAACUGCUCUUUCUUACAACCAAAAAAAAAUUAAUAUAAAAAUGUUAAAGCACGAUAUAUGGUGGAAAUAUACCACAAAUAAUUAUGGUCUCGCUUCCCCUCAAGGAAGAUUCCUCAAUGCUGGCAAAGGACUCUUGACCCAAGGAAUUGAACCUGACCUUUCCUUCCUUGAAUCAGACCUGAUUGUCCCAUUUCCAAAGUGCUGUAUGACCUAUGUGUUUAGCUCCCCUUUCCUCAGUGUAACAAUCACUUAUUCCUUGUCAAUUACAAGUGCUUUAUUUUUAUUACAAUAUCUUUAGUGUUACCAAGACUAGUAUAUUGUCAGCUAGUUGUAACACAAAAGAUAGUCAAAUAAGCAAGGCUGCAGUUAUUUUUUCACCCUUGUUAUUGGUUUCUCUUAGAAACUUUGCAGUUCAAAAAUAAUCAAAUA